AGUAGGUUCAUCCAUCUACUUCACUGAUAAGAUGUACUUGAUCUCAGAUCACAAUAUACUCAACAACAGACCUUGUUGCUGCAUGAACUCGGCAUGUGGCGAAGAUACAGACACUUCAUUUGAGUUCAGAAACCAUCCCCAUCACAGUAGAGGCUUCUGCAGGCAUGAUCCCAAGAUUCAAAUUUUGCAUUCAAUUCCUGAUCCUUGCCUUCAUGGAUCCUUCCUCCACUCGUCUUGUUGAAGGCUGAGCCUUCUUCAUCCUAAAGCAAAUGACAAUACAGAGAGGCAAAUGUGAUAAAAAGAGCCUCCCCAACUAACAUCCUUUUCCUUCAUCUUCCUCCAACUCCCAUUCUCACCAUCCCUUCUGUAAUAGCUCUCAUUUAUCUCUCUGUCUCUCCCUAAACCUCUUCUCUCCAUCCCUCCAUCAUCAGCAUCAUCUCUCUCUCUCUCUCUCUCUCUCUCUCUCUCAUCAACAUCUUUCCUCCACUUCACCAAAAUCCGAAGUGUAGCUCUUCAGCUACUUUCGCUGCUUCAAUAGCCAAGAGAAUGACUAUGUGUUCCGGUUUCCUUCUCUUUGUUCUCUCGAGCAAAAAGGAACCUUUUUUGAGUUUCCGCCAUUGCUGAAACCUCCUUCUGCACACAAAGACCUGAGCUUUCUGCGUUCCCAAUGUCUUCCCGGCCGAGAAUGUUAGUGAUGCGGCAACCUGUGGUGGUCGACGUCGGGUGCAGCUGCCGGCGGCCAAAGCUCCCAUUUUUGUUCUCCUCCUCGCAGAAAACCACCAAGCCACCGAAGAGCCCUUGCCUCCCCUACUCUUCCACCACCACUUCAUCAUGGGAAACCAGCAUUACCGUAACCACUAACACCACUGCUGCCGCCGUGAGCUCCUCCUCCUCCUCCUCCUCUCCCUCCCGCUACGGCGACUGCACCUCCUCUCCGUCGCUCGCGAUCGACCAGCCGGAGAUCUUGAAGAAGACGACUGCUAGGGGACAGCGAAGGACAAACAAGAAGAAGAGGAACAAGCGCGCGGCUGCGACGGCGGGGAGGAAGAGGGUGGUGGAGGGGAGUGUAGCAGUGGUCAAGGAGUCGUUGGAUCCGUGCAUGGACUUCCGGAACUCGAUGCUGCAGAUGAUCGUGGAGAUGGAGAUCUACGAGUGGGAGGACCUCCGUAACCUCCUCCACCGCUUCCUUGCUCUCAACGCCCCGGGCCACCACCACCUCAUCCUCCGCGCCUUCGCCGAGGCCUGGAACCUCGUCUUCGCGCCUUCUUCCCCCUCCGCCUCCACCUCAACCUCAACCUUCUCGACCCGCCGCCGUCAGCGACCGAACUCCCUUGAACGCGACAGCUGGGGCGAAGGAGAAGACGAGAGUUGAGAUCCCGCAACUACCCAGUGCGACGUGGAAAAACUCCACUGGCAGGUGACAGGAUCGCACACCGCAACAAAAUCAUAAAAAAGGAAUACUAGUAAAAGUAAUUAUUAUAAUAGUUUUCUUUUUUUGUUUUAAGAAAGUAUUGAUAAAGAAAUGAUAUGCUUUGGGCUUGAAUGGUUGGUACAAGGGGAGGGGCCGUAACUUGUGAAGUGCUUUUAGAUAGUAAUGUGAUGGUAAUGGGGAUAGAAAGCGGAUGAUGGGUUGUGGGGUGUGAGGGCUGUGCUUGUCCGUAGACUUUCAAUGAAUGGCUUUUUCAUGUUCGUC